AUGAGGGCGUCGCUGCUGCCGUUGCUGGUCGCCGUGGCCGCUGUCGCGUCCACAGUCCUCGCGGACAAUCCGGACGACCUGCCGCACUUCGGCACGCAAGACGACAUCUCGCCGCUGCUCCACAACAAGGAGCUCGUGCAGGCGCAGAUCAACUGCGUCCUCCACAACGGCCACUGCGACAAGCUCGGCAUCAAGCUGAAGAAAGCGAUUCCUGAAGUCAUAACCAACAAAUGCCGCAAAUGCUCACCGCGGCAGAAGGCCAACGCGGAGAAAUUGAAGAAUUUCCUGCUGAAGCACUACCCUGGCGUCUGGGAGGCUGUCAUCCGGAAGUACACGAAGAGGGGCGCCCACUGACGGGGAGGACAGAAGAGGUCACUGCCACGCCACGGCGUCGUCGCGGCAGAAGUGGCGAGACCUCACGUAUAUGAACUCUGCGGAUCCGGUGUUCCAGCUUCAGGAAACUGUAGUUUACGGCCCAUAAGGGACUAACACGAGUUGUCUUGACGACAUUUUAACUGCUCUAGCGGGAUAUGACGUAACGAAAGUAUUAUGAUAAAA